AUGUUAAGAAAAGCAGCAAGUGUCAAAAGGGCAAGGUCGAUGGCGCUCAGGGGGUCAGGGUCAGAUUCAGAUUCCGAUUCAGACUCUUUUGAAGCCGCCAUGAAGAGGAAAUCACAGAAGAUCGCAAACUCUGUACUGAAUAAUGAAGAUUUGCAAUAUGACAUAGACACCCCGGCGACCUCUGAAGAGAAGCAGGAUAAGCAGGAAAGAGGGUCAAGGUUCUUAAAAGAUAUCCUAAAACAGAAAGAAAUCCGUGAUAAGGAGAGAGAGAGAGCUAAGAUCGAGUGGCAGCGAAAGAAUGCUAAAGGUAUGGUGUUUGAAUCUGACGAAUACAAGCAGUUAGCCGAAGACAGCAACGCGGCGGCUCCACAGCUGCUCGUAGAAACCAGAGAUACAGUAUACGAUAUAAUAAAGUCGAAAGUGACCGAGGAAGUGCUAGAGAAGGCACGUCAGCGGUACUUCGAAAGGCACCCUGAAGAUAUCGAGAAGCGCUAA